AUGCCUCGAAUCUACACUUUAAACGAUGUAGGUAAUAGUAAUAGCAGUAAACUUGGAAGCCCUCCAUCCAAUCGAUAUCUACCAAGCCGAUUAGAACUUGAAGAACAGCUAAAAAAAGAUCGUGAAAAGUUUAUAAGAUCUGCUAAACAGCUUAUAGCUAAAUAUCAUGCCUUAGAUAAAAAAAAUAAGUGUAUGCAAAGCGCCUUGGACGCCUCUUAUGAAGAAAAUGAGAGUAUACAAAAUGAUCUAGACCACUCCUAUGAAGAAAAUGUGCGUAUGCAAAAAUCUAUGAAUCAAAUGAUCUCUCUAGCUAAUCAACUAAAUGGUUUGAAUAAUAAGCUUGUUUCCCAAAUUACUUGCGAACAAAAGUCUCAUGCCAAUCUUAAUGCCAAGCAGUUAAAAGAAAUAGAAUCGCUAAAGUCUACGGUCAAAUCACUGAAAAGUAUAAUAUUUUUGAUACAAAAAGAUUCAUCUUUAAAGGAUUCUGAUAUCAUCUCUCUUGGAACUAAAAUAAAUGAACUGGAGGCUGAGUUGGAACAAGCUAUACGGAAAGUUUUAUUAAAGAAUUCCAAUACUAACCAGUUGUAUAGCAAUCUCUCUCUUAAGAUUAAAGCAAAGGAAUUAGAAAAUGAACUGGAGAAAGUUACGCAAAAUUUAUCAUUUAAGGAUGGGUUAAUUUUCUGUCUCAGGUCCAGGAUAAUUCAUGAUUCAAAAAUAGGUAGUGCAGAAGCGGACCCAGUCUCAUCAUCUAAUGAUUAUAAGCAUGAUGAAGUAGUAGAAGAGAUACCCCAUUUUUCUUCACACUACUCAGAGCGCGAACCUGAUGGAAAAGAAGAUUAUGAUAGUAUUCCAGCUAUACCUGUUAUUGCGUUAGGAGUAAUAUUAAUUAUAUGGCAUAUAUACAGGCGAUUUUUUCAUCCAACCAAAAAGAAAGAAAUUUUUUAUCCAGACUAUAGAAAUAAGAGUUAUGGGUUUCCAAUCCAAUACACAGAAGAACCAAAAGACAGGACUACCCCCUAUGAAACUUUACCUUAUGGAUAUGGAUGA